AUGUGUAGUCAAAAUGGUUUGUGUUUCAUACUGCUUGGUUUUGGAAUGAAAAAGAUUUAUGUUAAUUUGUUCUUCGUCGACCCGGUUGUUUUGACAUUUGGUUUGCAUUUUUCCUUUGUGGAUUUUUCCCCGAGGAAAUCAGGUGGAGGUCUGACAUUCCAGGAAUUGGUAAUGAGGGCCACCAAUGGAGUGUUGAACUGGCAUACUAGUAAUUUGAGUGGUACAACCGAUUCUGGCCAUGUUCAACAUAAGCAAACAUGGGAUGAUGUAGUGGACCAUCAAUUUUCACAAAUUUUGCCAACUGUCAAUGAAAUACAUGAAAAAGGUGUAUCUUCUUCUUUUGGCCACCGGCUGGUGGUGCCUAAUUCAGUCCAAAUCGCAGCAACAGACUCUGAACAUGUUGAACCAGAUCCUUCUGACAACUUGCCUAGCAAACAAGAUGGAUCAGAGCAAAUGCCCUUACUAAAUGACCAUGACAGUAAUCAUUCAGGCAACAUCACAAACUUUGGUUCAGAAGAUGUAGCACAGCAAUUGGCUAUUGGGACCGGAGAUGGAGCCACAAAUUCAUUGCCAAUUAAACCAAGAGAUGGUGGCCAGGUUGAAUCACAUCCGUCUGUCAUCUUAUCUGGCAAACAGCAUGGUUCAGGACCCAUUACAUCCCAAAAUCAGCCGGAAGGGAAUCCGUCUCCGAACAUCACCACGUUUUGUGAUCAAGUUGUAGCUCCUCCAUGGCCUAAGGGGAUUACUGACCACCUGUUUUCUGUUCUUACGAUGUGGUGAUUACUUCAACAUUCUUAAGCACUGAAGAUGGUGGCACAAAUUCAGUUCAAAUUCCAGCAAGGGAGGGGGGGGGGGGGUGGGGGGGGGGGCAGAUUGAGCCAGAGCCGUGUGUUACCUUGGCUGGCAACAAGGAUGGAUCAGUGCCUAUUUCCUCACAAAUUGAACAGGAAGGGAAUGCUUCUGGGAACAUCACAAUGUUUAUUACAAAUGAAGGGAGUUCUGAUUUUCUGAUGAUGCUAGAUGGCAGUCCUGAGCGUAGAUGUUUUUUGGGUUCUUGGAAAUGUUACAUUUGUAAUGACUGAGACAUUUUCUUUGUUGGAUCACUUAAUUUUUUAUUCUUGUAAUUGAUUCUGGAUGGCAAGUUAUUAUAUGUUUCUGUCAGUCCUGAACUAAUUGUUCAGACAAUUUAUUAUGGUUAUGUCGUAACUGAUUGAAAUAUAAAUGACAUGGUUGUUGAA